UAUGCGUCAAAUCGAAAACAAAUUUUGACAGUCAUACACGUGAAAGUAUUUUUUGAAAAUCUAGUAUAUCUGAAUGGGAGACGGGGUUGCGAAGGUAGUCAACAGGCUACGAGAAGCACAAGAAAAUGGAAAAUUGGAUUUAUCAGAAUGUGGACUUACACAGAUACCUGAUGCAGUUUAUAUGAUGAUGAAAGACAUCACAGUUCAAAGCUGUGAUUUAUCACAAAACUUGCUGCAAAGUCUCCCAAAAAAGUUCUGUUCUAAAUUUUCUAAAGUAACAGAAAUGAACAUAAGUGGAAACAAACUACAUACACUACCAGAUGAACUAAGAAACCUUCAAGAACUACAAGAUUUAGACGCUUCAUCUAACAACUUAGAUAGAAUACCACAAGUCGUCUUUCAAUGUGUUAAACUAAAACAAUUAAAUGUACAUAGUAACUGUAUCUCAGAAGUAGAUGUGAUGAGGCUAGAAGCUAUGGAUUCACUAGAAACUUUAAACAUUAAAGGCAACCCUCUUCCAGAUGACGUCAAAUCACAAUUGUCAGACAGCAGAUUGAAUAUAAUCAAAAGCUAAGCCUUCCAUAUCAUACAAUGAUGAAUGCAGAAGACUAUCCUUUUUACAAGACACUGAGUUACCACAGAUUUGUGUUGUUAUAUUAUGUUGCCAUUAUUAUAACUUCUGAAAGGGAUCCCCACAGACAAAUUUUCAAGGGUUAAGCUUAUAAAAUGAUUAUUUUAACAAUUGACAUUUUUGUUUAUACCUUUUGCAAUACUAAAUAAAUAUAUUUGUGUACAAAAAUGUAUAUGGUAUCUUUAUUUAUAACAAAAAAAUUAAAACUUUAUUAUAGUCUUUCAAAAUUAUACUGCUUAAAAAUUGUUUUCCAUAAUUAUCUCUCAUAAUCUCUAAAUUAAUGGUGGUUCUGAGAAAAUCAAGAGUGGUGCUAGAAAUUUUAAGGCCGGUGCUAAAAUUUCAAGGGUGGAGGAGCACCCCCCUAAAUAGUCUGUGGUCAUCCCUGUAAGUAUAUCAAAUGUAAACCAGAAAAUACAACUAGUAUUGAUAUACGUAAUAUUAUUCAUUGGAGAAGAUAUUUAUUACCUACACUGAAGAAUUACACACAGCAAGAAAGAUAGGAUUAAUGUUACAUUAGAGACAUUCUGACUUUCAACAUAAUUUGUACACAAUCAGAUUUAAAUACUGAUCCUGUGCCUAUGCUUUGCUUGCAAGGAUCUGACAACUCUCAGUUCUGAUUUUUGUUCUGGUUAUUAUUACAUCAGCCAAUGAAAUUGCAAUCUCCAAUUUUUUAAGGUGUGUAUCAUAAGGACAAAACCAGAGGAUCCUGAAAGGUCUUUUAAACAGAAAGUAGAAUGAAACAGUGUCGGAUCCUUGUAAGCAAAGCAUGGGCACUGAAUCUUUAUUUAAAUCAGAUUGUACUAUACUUGGUCUUAGGUAUAUGACCUAUCUUACAUACAUAUAAUGCAUUUGUAACGUAAAUUAUGUUCUAAUUGAAUUUUUACAGGUAAGCAGGAGUGUUACGUUUCAUUGCCCAUAACAAAUGCAUUAUACAUCCGAUACUUACGUUUAGUAUAUAUUUUAUAUAAAGUAAUAUAACAAGUCUCCAAUAUUGGAAAAGAUAUUUGAAUGCUUGAAUUUUAUGAAUCAUAUGAACCAUAUUGAAACAAUUGAACAAAAACCUUUUAUUAAUUAUUUUUGUCGGUUUAUUUAUUAUUGUGAUAUUUCAAGAAAGUAUUUAUAGGAACAUUGUUUUGUGUUUAUUUGUUUUAUGAUAUCUGAUACUAGUAGAUUAGUCAGGAGUAUUGAAAAAUAUUGUUUAUAUAAGAUAUUUGUAUUUACUGUCAUAUCAAAUACAGACAUGCAUUUAUACCUAUAUACAUGUGUUAUAAAUAUUAAAACCAGAUGUGAACUUCAAAACUUUUGUUAGAAGGAAGAAGUGUGCUGCUUAUUUUACACAUUUAAAUGAAAAUUUCAAAUUCAAAUUUUUUUUUUAUCAAUUUUAAGAUUUUUUUUAAUGUAGUUGCUGUUCCCUCAAAACUCCAACUUUGUAUUUUUAAUUAAUUCCUAGCAUUAUACAAUUAUAGCCUUUGUAUGAGGUCGAUAUAACAUAGUAUUGACCUCAACCAAAGGCUACAAUUGUUAUAUUAUUAAUCAACAACUAUUGCAUGAACAAUGUUAAAUUGGGGAUUUUUAUAAUGUAUUUUUAGUAACAUGCUGUAUACCCUGUGCAAUAUGCUGUUUUUGACCUACGAAAAGCUACACACAACUGUUACAGUGUUGGCGUGCAAACUGAGUAAAUACAGAUGUGCAUGUGAUGAAGUUUAAACGAAUCACAAAUCCUUAAAUAUAUUUGAUAAGUAAUAUAAAGAAAUACAAAAAGUGAACAUAUUAUCCAGUCCUUAUAAUUGUAAACUAAGUUGCCAUAUGCUGUGUAUUUAUGUGUUUUUCCUGAUUUGAGAAAAACUGUAUUUUUAUGGAUAUUUGAUUUUGUGGUUGUGACAAAGUUUUUAUAAAAGCCUAUAGAAAAUUUAUACUUCGUUGAACAUUUAAAUUUGUUGUUAACAUGUACUCUCGAAAUCCAUGCAGAGAAAAAUUGGUACCCUACAAAUAAUAAUGAAUCAACAGUACUAGAAGGGAUUUAUUUCUGUAGUACAUACUAAACUGACAAUUCUUAAUCCACUAUGCUACAUCUGUUUGCUGAGUACUGUAUACAUAAAGAUGUUUAAACAGAUAAUUCAUAGAUUUAUGUAUGUUUUUAGAGGUGUUUAUCAAAGGUUGUUAAUGCUUUUCUUUUCAAUAUCUAUUACAUUUACAAUUUUUUCUCCACAUUGUAUUAUCUCUUUAUAAAAAAAAUGUAUUAAGUCUGAUCAACAAGUUAGCAAAAACAAACCUGAAGUCAAAGAGUUCCCCUUAUUGUGUUGUUUGAUCAUGAGAAGAUAAUAAAGUAUUUUUACUUUCAA